CGGAGAUAUUUGUUUUCACAGAUCAGACGAUAAACAUAAGAUCGUGUUGUUAUCGCGGCGGCAAAUCAAAUGUUAAGCCUUACAGAUCGACACGAUGGCGGAUCGCUACUCAAUAUCAACCUUGCGUCUCCCUCGAAACGUUGUUCCGAAUCAUUAUUCACUUAAAAUAAAAAUCGACCUCGUCAAGUGCAACUUCAACGGAUCAGCUGAAGUUGAUGUCACGGUGAAUGAAUCGACUAGUUCAGUUUUACUUAACAGUUUAGGAUUAGCAGUCAGUGAAGGCGAGUUUCAGUGUGGGUCAAAUACAAUCUGUGUAAAGGAAACCCAAGAGUUAAAAGCUGAUGAAAGGAUCGAAUUCAUCUUCGGAAGGCCUAUACAUAAAGGCACUGGUAUACUUCGGUACUCGUUUUCGGCUGGCCUCAGCGAGGACCAGCGUGGCCUUUACCGUUGCGAGGCGUGGGAUGAGAAAAAUCGAAGGAUGAAUUUUGCCGCCACCAGCUUUGAGUCUGCAGACGCACGCCGAGCAUUUCCUUGUUGGGAUGAACCUGCGCUCAAGGCGACGUUCCAAGUGACCAUGAUAACGCAAAGGCCAUACCUGGUUCUAUCUAACAUGCCUAUUAUUGAGCAGAAAAAAUACUCAGAAGAAGGCUGGCUAAUGACCCUAUUCGAGUGCACUCCCAAAAUGAGCACAUACCUGCUUAGCUUUGUUGUUGGCAGGUUCAACUACAUCGAGGCCUUCAGCGCGCGGAGAGUUCGUAUCCGAGUGUACGCUAUGGUUGAUAAAGAAAACCAGGGAGAGUAUGCUCUACAGACUGCCGUCAAGUCGUUGGACUUUUUCGAAAACUAUUUUGAUAUACCGUACCCAUUGGCCAAAGUCGACUUGGUUGCCUUACCAGAAACUUCCGCGGGUUCCAUGGAAAACUGGGGCCUCAUCACAUUUCGGGAAACAAGUAUUCUUUUCGAUCAGAUCGACUCAUCAACUAUGCGAAUGCAGGGGAUUGCUUUAGUAAUCUCUCACGAGAUGGCGCACCAGUGGAUCGGGAACCUGGUUACAAUGGAAUGGUGGACAUACCUUUGGUUAAAUGAAGGAUUCGCCCAAUUCAUGGAAAGCCUCUGCGUCUCUAAAUUUGCGCCAGAGUUCGACGUCCUGACUCAGUUUACGGCAAAUACGGUUUCUAAAGCGCUGGAGGACGAUGCUUUGGACAAUUCUCAUCCGAUCGAGGUAGAAGUGGAGUGUCCUGCGGAGGUCGACGAAAUCUUCGACGCCAUUUCCUACAAAAAGGGAGCUUCAGUUAUUUGGAUGCUUUACAACUACAUUGGCGACGAGAAGUUUCGCACGGGACUGUCAACAUAUCUAUUGCAACAUGCUUACGGCAACACCUCAUCGGAAGAUCUGUGGCUUACACUAUCUGAAGUGAGCGGAUUACGCGUCGGCGAUAUGAUGAAUUCAUGGGUCAAGCAGAAAGGCUUUCCUCUUUUGUUCGUCAAGUGUCGUAAAUUGGGUGCUAACUGCGUCCUUGAAAUCAAGCAAGAAAAGUUUCACAGUCUGGCUGAGAAAGCGAAGUACGCAAAGCAGGCCUUAUGGAAGAUUCCCAUUGUGAUCGGGGUACCAGGUAUGAAGAACACAGUGGUCCUCAUGGAAAAACCUAAGGAGGAUAUUUUAAUUAAAGGCGCUUCUAAAGCUGCAUGGAUUCACGUGAAUCACGGUGCCGCGGGUGUCUUCCGUAUUCACUAUGACGAGCCAAUGCGUAAAGCUCUUCUUUUAGCCAUUCGGAACAAAAGCUUGUCGCCUAUGAAUCGAUUCAUUUUGCAUUCCGACCUCCUUGCGCUUGUAGAAGCUGGGUAUGCGUCUAUGAAAGAACUACUUGAGCUGACGGAGGUGUAUUCGUCUGAGACAGACUAUUCGGUAUGGACAUCCGUCUCCACCCUAAUGACGAAGCUCGAAAUACUUCUCGGACACCGACCCGAGCUCGUCGAAAGAUUGCACGGAUUUGGUAGAAAAUUGUAUAGCGAGGUAUUCAAGGGUCUUGGGUGGGACUCAAAACCUGACGAGAAACCGGCGAGGGCAAUGCUACGAGCUUUAGUACUGGGCAAAAUGGUGAAAUUCGGCGAGGAGCAGGUAUUGAAUGAAGCACAACGGCGCUUUGUUGCGCAUGUGUCCGGUCGAAACGAGCUUAUAGCCGAUUUACGGAUGCCAGUGUACAGGGCGGUAGCACAAAUGGCUCAUAAUCAUCCUGAAACAUGGGAUCAACUUAUGAGUCUGCACCGAAAAGCCAAAGUCCAAGAAGAAGCCAAUAGGGUGGCGAUAGCCCUUGGCUCGGUACAAACGAGACCCCUUUUAAUUAAAGUUUUAGAAUUUGCGGCAUCAAACGCUGUGCGUUAUCACGAUAGCGUAUUGGUGAUGGAGAGCGUAACCCAUUCAGCGAUGGGACAAGAGCUUGCUUGGGAGCAUUUCACUGCUUUAUUUGAAACCUAUAACCGCCGCUACAACUCGGGUUCACGUUUUCUCCGUCUGAUUAGAGCGUCAGCAAAAAAUUUCUGUACAUUCGAAAAAGCCAAAGAGGUGAAGGAAUUUUUCCAAAAGGUUCGUGCCAAUAUACGCUCCGCUUACAUUUUUCUAUUGUUCUGGAUAGUAAAUCCGAGUAGCGGUCAGGAUACGAAUCGGAGGCCUUCACCGCCCUUGCACGCAUGCGGACGAAAAAUACGGAUGGAAAUUCGUGAAAGUCUUAGGUACACCCUAAAUUGAUGGAUUCCUUGUUUAUGAUGGAGUGGAUUACCUGUUGCGAUGAAGGUGAGCAGGAACGCUCGAUGUGGGAUUGAUUCACUGUUAAGUCUGACCUACC